AUGGCUGGAUACGCCGAUGAUACGGCAGUGUACGUGGAGAAUGGAGAUAAACAACACGUGGUCUUGGAAGUGGUGAAUAAAGUCUCUAACUAUUCUGGAUUACACGUCAACAUUGGCAAGUCGGUAGCGUUGCCACUUGGAGCAGCGGAAGAUGCUACACAGACACGGCCACCAAUCGAACAACCAAUUCCAACGGAUACCGAAUGUCGGUACCUAGGUCACUGGACGGGUGAUCUCAAGACAGCGUGGUCCAGAGCCUUCGAAUCGCUCACUAGCCGAUUGAUCCUUGCUAGUAAUUCUGUCCUGGAUAGGGUCAAGCUCGCUAAUGCCCUAAUCUUGCCGAAGAUUGCCUUCGUUGCGCCUGGCAUGCUUGGCCAUCGACAGAAUUAA